AUGGCGCUGUGGGCAAAGGCCAGAGUGUGGAUGGCAGGGCCCUGGCUGUCCCUGCACAGGGCACGCACACUGGGCACCAGAGCCACUCCGGCCCCCAAGGCGGUGCUGCCCUUCGAAGCCAUGCCCCGGUGUCCUGGCCACCAGUGGAUGCGGGUGCUGCAGAUGUGGAGGGAGCAGGGCUCUGAGAACAUACACCUGGACAUGCAUCAGACCUUCCAGGAGCUGGGGCCCAUUUUCAGGUACGACGUGGGAGGGACACACAUGGUGUUUGUGAUGCUGCCGGAGGACGUGGAGCGGCUGCAGCAGGUGGAGAGCCCUCACCCCCGGCGGAUGUUCCUGGAGCCCUGGCUGGCCUACCGACAGGAUCGUGGGCUCACGUGCGGCGUGUUCUUGCUAAACGGGCCCCAGUGGCGUUUGGACCGGCUGCGGCUGAACCCAGACGUGCUGUCGCUGCAGGCUGUGCAGAAGUACACGCCCUUGGUGGAUCGGGUGGCCAGGGACUUCUCCCAGGCCCUGAAGGCGAGGGUGGUGCAGAAUGCCCGGGGGAGUCUGACCCUGGACAUCAGGCCCAGCAUCUUCCACUACGCCAUCGAAGCCAGCCACUUAGUCCUUUAUGGAGAGCAGCUGGGCCUCUUUGCCCAGCACCCGAAUCCUGACAGCCUGAACUUUAUCCACGCUCUGGAGGCCAUGUUCAAGUCCACCGUGCAGCUCAUGUUCGUGCCCAGGAGGCUGUCUCGCUGGACGAGCGGCAGCAUGUGGCAGGAGCACUUUGAGGCCUGGGACUACAUCUUCCAGUACGCCAACAGAGCCAUCCGGAGAAUAUAUCAGGAGCUGGCCCUCGGCCACCCGUGGCACUACAGCGGCAUCGUGGCAGAGCUGCUGAUGCGUGCGGACAUGACCCUGGACACCAUCAAGGCCAACUCUAUCGACCUCACUGCUGGGAGCGUGGACACGACGGCCUUCCCCUUGUUGAUGACUCUCUUUGAACUGGCUCGGAACCCGGAAGUGCAGCAGGCCCUGCGCCAGGAGAGCCUGGUGGCCGAGGCCAGGGUCUCAGAAAAUCCCCAGAGGGCAACCACGGAGCUGCCCCUGCUGCGGGCGGCCCUCAAGGAGACCUUGAGGCUGUACCCCGUGGGUGUCUUCUUGGAGCGACAGGUGAGCUCAGACUUGGUGCUGCAGAACUACCACGUCCCGGCCGGGACAUUGGUGAAGGUGCUACUGUACUCCCUGGGUCGAAACCCCGCCAUGUUCGCCAGGCCCGAGCGCUAUCAUCCCCAGCGCUGGCUGGACAGCCGGGCCGCGGGCCCCAGGUUGGCACACCUGGCCUUCGGCUUCGGCGUGCGUCAGUGCCUGGGGCGGCGCCUGGCGGAGGCGGAGGUGCUGCUGCUGCUGCACCACGUGCUGAAAAACUUCCUGGUGGAGACGCUGGUGCAAGAGGACGUAAAGAUGAUCUACCGCUUCGUAUUGAUGCCCUCUACCCUCCCCCUCCUCACCUUCCGGGCCAUCAGCUAG